GGUGGGGGCACAGUGUCUAGAGCAGGGCGGGGGGACAUACACGGUGUAGGGAUAAAGUACAGGGCUUGGUUAAGGCUGAGGGGUGGGUAAGGCUGGGAGUAUGUGGACACAGCAGAGCACUCAAGGUCCCAAGCGACCUCCAUGGAGUGGUGGGGGCAGAACGGCCAAAGGGUGGGGGCUCGAAGGUCCCUGGGGGUCCGUACAAACAAGUACUUAUUUCCUUGGGGUGCUGGGAGGACAUGAGGAGCCGUUGGCACCCCUGGAACCCAUGAAGAUACUGGGAUCCAUCUGGGACAAGGACACUGCUCCCACUGCCGACACCCCACCUCCCCACUCAGUGUUACCCCCCGCUCCCAGCCUGCCGUCCCCUCCCCGGGCCUGGGCUCCGCUCUGUGCGGAGGGCCGGGGGUGCUGAGCCCGGCGCUGAGCUUUGGGCCGUCGCUGCCCCCUAGUGUCCUGGGAGCUCUGCGCAGGGCUCAGCCCCGUGCCGCUGGGACCCGAGCCCGCGGCAAACCCCGCACCGGCCCGCACAGCCCUGCGGGCACUGCCCGCCUUCCACGGCCCCGCAGCGUCACCACCCGGCCAUCCCCCCACCCGGGACCCUGCACGGCACCGUGGGGACCCCGGUACCACGAACCCAUCUCCGUGCUGCCCGAGGCACAGGUGCCUCUCUCCCUCAGCUCUGGGGAUGCGCAGGAGCGUCGGCACGGGCGAGAACAGCGUCCUCGCAGCCCGCACCCUGCACCCCGCAGCGCGGGUCGAUAACCGUGCGGGCGGCCGAGGCGGCGGCGCGGGGAGCGCCAAUGGGUGCCCGCAGCGCGGGGCGAGGGAGGCGGCUGGUUAAACUGGAACGAGGCGAGGCCCCUCGCCGCGGUCCCCGCCCCGGGGACUCUGACCCUGCGGGCCGGCGAGAGGAGCCCGAGCAGCCGGAGCCCGGCAGCGCCGCAGCCGCCGGCACGGAGCAGAGCGGGAUGGACCCCACCAUGGAGCUGGCAGACGACCCCAGGUUCCCGCGGCCGCUGGUGGAGAUGCUGAUGAGGAACUUCAGCGUGCCGGCAGCCUGCUUCUCCCUGCCGCCCACGGCCAGGCAGCUGUUGCACCAGCUGGACACGGCCCAGCUCACCAUCCUGGGCCUUGCCACUAUCAUGACGGUGGUGUCAGUCGCAAUCUUUGUGGAAGAAGCUUUUUACCUCACCCACAAGAUCCGCUGCCCCAUCAAGAUGAAGACACUCCGCUGGAGCAGCUCAGCCCCUACAGUUGUGUCUGUGGUCAGUUGCUUUGGGCUGUGGAUCCCACGCUCCAUGAUGGUGGUGGAGAUGGCUACCACGGCGUACUUUGCUGCCUGCUUCUACCUCCUGAUGCUGGUCAUGGUGGAGGGCUUUGGAGGGAAGGAGGCAGUGCUCAGUACGCUGAAGGACGUGCCCAUGGUGGUCAGCACUGGGCCCUGCUGCUGCUGCUGCCCCUGCCUUCCCCGAAUCACCAUGAGCAAGAGGAAGCUGCGACUGCUGAUGCUGGGGACUUUCCAGUACGCCUUCUGCAGGGCAGUGGCCGUCUUCCUGGGGCUGGUCCUGGCUACCGACGGGAACUACAACCCUGCUGAUAUCUCAGCAGAGAGCGUGGCCCUCUGGAUCAACACCGUGGUUGGGGCCUCCACCCUCUUCGGGCUCUGGGCCCUGGCCAUCCUCUUCCGCCAGGCCCGGCUGCACCUCACCGAGCAGAACAUCAAGGCCAAGUUCUCCUGUUUCCAGGUUCUCCUCGUGCUGACAGCCCUGCAGCCGGCCAUCUUCAGCAUCCUGGCCAACAGUGGCAGCAUCGCCUGCUCGCCGCCCUUCUCCUCCAAGGCGCGGUCACAGCAGAUGAACAUGCAGCUGCUCAUCCCCCAAACCUUCAUCCUGGCGGUGCUGACGCGCAUAUACUACCGCAAGCAGGACGACAAGCCGGGCUACCAGCCCCCCAGCUGGGCCCCUGCAGCCACCAACGCCAAGCCCUGAGCAGGGGGAGCAGCGGUGGGACCGAGGGGCAGAGCCAGGCAAAGGGCUGCUCUGCCCCAUACAACCACCUCCUCCUGCUCCAGCCCUGUGGAGCUGCCGGCUGCAGUGGAGGCCGAGGGGGAAAGGGCAUCUUGGUGUGGGUGAAUGGGUCUGGAGAGCUGAAAGGCAAAGGGAUCCGUGAAUCCACCUCCAGCCCAGGGAACUCUUUGUCUGGCACUGAAUAAAGGUAAAUUUGUACCUGA